AUGUCGACACCCUUAGAACCUCCACCACCAUAUGACGAUGCGGCGAAAGUGCCCCUUCUCUCAGACCGCAAGUCACCAGGCCUAUCAGACUCGAAAAGCCCGCCGCCAGGGCCGCCGCCACCUCGAGGGCCACCUCCGCCGCUCAGCCUCCCCUCAUUGAACGAGUUGCGACGCAAGCGCGUCAUCCUCGCAUCAGCGUCUCCUCGUCGCAAACAACUCCUCGCCCAGCUCGGUCUUACGAAUGUCGAGAUUGUGCCCUCAAAGUUUGCUGAAGAUCUCUCUCACGAUCUCGGCGCGCUUAAUUACGUCCUCGAAACCGCAACCGCCAAAGCGCAAGAUGUCUAUCGCCGUGAAAUCGACAACACCGACCGAGGUGAACCAGCAUUGUUCAUUGCGGCCGAUACAAUCAUUGUCAGCCACGACGGCCGGAUACUAGAGAAGCCAAAAGGAGUUGAGCACCACAUUUCGAUGCUGAAGAUGCUUCGAGAUCAAGGCGAGCACAAGGUUAUGACAGCUGUGGUGGUCAUGAAGCCUCUAGAGAGUGCUAUGGACCCGGGGUACAGGAUGGAGACGCAUGUCGAGGAAACAACGGUCAAGUUUGACCCGCACGUCACAGAUGAGCUUAUCCUCGCAUACGUCCGGACACGCGACGGAAACGACAAAGCUGGUGGCUACGGUAUACAGAGUGGCGGCACAGUGUUAAUUGAGCGCAUUGAAGGGUCGUACGACAAUGUUGUUGGCCUGCCGUUGCGCGCGACGCUGAAGCUAAUCGAGAAGGUUAUGGAGCCUGAGGAGGAGCUGGACGAUGACCUGGACAACAUGUUUGUGAGAGAGGGAGACUAG